AUGUAUCGACCUUCCUACCGUGUCUCGCGAUCCCAAGACCCCGAAAGUAGUCGUCGCCGGACGAUAUGGCCUUUCGCCAAUGGAGAUGGCAUUCGUAUCAGCACGCCUUGGCCGUUGCUCUAUGGCUCUGCUACCGAGACGAACCAGCGAAAUACCAGCGUGUUUGACAUUGAAGGUCGUGCGGCGAGAAUGAGUGUUAUGGUUGACUCGUCGCUGUUCCCACCACCACUGCAAGCCCGGAAUCGACACUCCGCAUGGGUUGGAUGGACGGCACAGAGGGAAACAUGGCUUGCACCCGUUGCAGGGUCGGAUGACAAAGAGCGUGUUUGGUCUGGCGAGUUUGAUGUGGAGAGGCGCCCAUCAUGGCAGUCACGAGCAUCGGACCGAUGGAGUGGCGAGCUGGACAUUGAGGAUAUCAAGGAAAACGCCAAGAAGGAGCCGUAUGCGGUUGAUUGGGAAGAAAACGACCCGGAGAACCCUCUCAAUUUUGACACAGGACGUAGAUGGUUCAACGCGAUGAUGCUCGCAUUUGCUUGCUUCAUGGUGUCGAUCGCAUCGUCAGGGUUUUCCCAAGGCACGCAACAACUCAAGACAGAGUUCGCUGUUUCCCAAACUACCGCCCUUCUCACAACUUCAACCUUUGUGCUCGGUUUCGCAGUUGGUGCCCUCAUUCUCUCCCCCCUUAGUGAGGUCUACGGCCGCCGCGACCUCUACGUAAUGACGUUUGGUUCCUUCGUCGCCUUCAGCGGCGCCGUUGGCUUCUCCUCCUCCAUGACGGUCGUCAUCGUCCUGCGUUUCUUCGGCGGCCUCGCCGGGUCCUUCACGCAAGCCGUCGCCCCCGCUGUGGUGGCUGACAUGUUCAAUGCGCAAGACCGUGGGCUCGUGAUGUCCAUCUUCACACUCGCCGGCCUUGUAGGGCAGAACCUCGGACCUAUUGUCUGUGGGUUCCUCGUCAAGGCGUACGGCUGGCGCGCGAUUGCUGUAUUGAUCACUGCUGCAUCGGGGCCGACCUGGGUCAUUCUGACGCUCACGUUUCCCGAGACGUACGCGCCUGUCCUCCUGCAACGCCGCGCAAGAAAACUCACGGUCGAGACGGGCAGACAACAUCAGGUCGCCGGUAUGGCACCCAAGCCUAUCGCACAACAGCUCCGCGUCGGUGCGCUCCGACCCUGGAUCAUGCUGAUCUACGAGCCCAUCGUCACGCUCCUCUCGCUCUUCCUCUCUGUCGUGCACGGUACGCUUUUCCUCCUCUUCGCUGCGUAUCCCAUCGUAUUCCAGCAAGUGCGCGGCUGGCCGCAGGGUAUUGCUUCGCUGCCAUUCGUAGCCAUCAUCGUCGGCAUCUUGAUUUCACUCGUCUACGUCGCGCUGGUCGAUCAGAAGCGAUACGCCAAGGUGGUUGCAAAGUACGACGGCGCCGCGCCGCCCGAGGCCAGACUACCACCUGCCAUGCUCGGUGCUGCGGCACUCCCCAUCGGAUUAUUCUGGUUCGCAUGGACAAACGCCCCGGAGCUCCCCUUCAUGAUCUGCGUCUCCGCCGGUACUCUCUUUGGCUUCGGCAUGGUGCUGCUCUACAUGUCACUCACGAACUACAUCGUCGACGCAUAUCUUGGGUACGCGGCAUCGGCACUCGCAGCCAGCACGGUGCUGCGCAGCGUCGCAGGCGCUGUAUUCCCACUGUUCACAGCGGACAUGUAUGCGAGGCUGGGCAUCCACUGGGCGAGCAGCGUGCCAGGCUUUCUGGCGCUGGUGUUCAUACCGUGUCUGUUUGCAUUUUACACGUGGGGGGAUCUGCUGCGGGGGAUGACGCGGUUUGGGGCCGAGGCAGCGAGCAUGACGGGGAAGUAG